AUGGAUUCGGAAGUUACACAUAGAGCGCGGGCAGGUUGCAUGAACUGGAGAAAGAUGUCUGGUGUUUUGUGUGACAAAAAGAUAAGCGCAAGGGUUAAAGGCAAAUUAUAUGAAACAACUGUUAGGCCGGCUAUGAUUUAUGGUGCAGAGACUUGGCCAACGAAAAGGUCACAAGAAAGAAAGUUUGAGGUUGAGGACAUGAAUAUGCUGAGGUGGAUGUGUGGAGUAACAAGACUAAAUAAGAUUAGGAGCGAAAUGAUUAGAGGGACAGUGAAGGUUGAAAAGAUUCCAAAGAAAGCACAGGAAAGAAGAUUACAGUGGUGUGGACACGCAAUGAGAGGAGAAGACUAUGUUGGCAGAAGGAUCUAUAGUAUAGGUUAUACAUCAGCCACAUAUUUAUGUCAAACUGAACCUAAGGGAACAGGCAGAACAAAAUCAAAAUUAGAACAUAUUAGCAGGAACCAAGCUAUGAAAUCAAGGUAUCUAUAG